GAGAAGUGUUGCAAAGAAAGCUUUCCAGAUUGAGAUGGAUUCCCACGGUGCGGGGGCUUCACCCGCACGCGCGCUCUCCUUCGCCACCGUUGCCGGCUAACCAAAAAAGUGGAACACGAAGAAGAAGCAGCAGAAGAGGAGGAGCAUCUCGCAACCACCGGAUCGAUUCAUCCACCAAUCCAUCGCCGCCGCCGCCGCCGACGACGACGACGAGGGCUUCGGGCUUCACCGCCAUGGGAUGCAGCGGCCUCCGCCUCCCCACCUGGGCGGCGGCCGCGCCGCCGUCGCCGUCGGACUGGGACGGGCGCCGCCCCCGCCGAGGGGCGCCGGUCGUCCGCCGCCGCUGCAGCGCCCCGUCGUCCACGCCCGCGCCCUCGGCGGCGGCGGCGCCGUCCCACCUCGCGGCGGGCGGGUCACCCCGGGUCGGGACCGCGGAGCACGACUGGCUGUGGGAUUGCCGCGGCAUCGGCGGGGGCGGGAGGGACUACGCUAGGGAGAUGGAGGUCGCGGUGCGCGUCGUGCAGGCCGCCUGCACCCUCUGCCAGCGCGUGCAGAGCUCGCUCCUCCUCCCCGCCUCCGCCUCCGCCUCCGGCAGCGUCCACUCCAAGAUCGACCGCUCCCCCGUCACCGUCGCAGAUUGGGGCGUCCAAGCGAUAGUAAGCUGGCUACUCUCGGAUUGCUUUCAAGAUGAAAACAUAUCUAUAGUAGCCGAAGAAGAUGAUGAGACGCUAUCUAGUAGCGAUGGUGCAGCUUUGCUUGAAUCUGUCGUUGCUGCUGUCAAUGGUUGCUUGAUUGAAGCUCCGAAGUAUGGGCUGAGGUCCCCAGAGAAAGAGCUCAAAGCUCAUGAUAUUCUUCAAGCUAUUAGGAGGUGCAGCUCUAUCGGAGGUCCAAAAGGAAGGUUUUGGGUGCUUGAUCCUGUGGAUGGCACGCUUGGGUUUGUACGUGGGGACCAAUACGCUGUUGCUCUCGCGCUAAUUGAAGAUGGGGAAGUUGUAUUGGGAGUUCUUGGGUGCCCAAAUUAUCCAAUGAAGAAGGAGUGGCUCAACUACCACCAACGAUAUUACAGGUUGAUGUCUAAGGUUUCUCCUCCCACAUCAGGAUCCUGGCAUAAGGGUUGUGUGAUGUAUGCUCACCGAGGAUGUGGCCAAGCUUGGAUGCAACCAUUAGUUCAUGACUUUGGCAAGCUUGAUUGGCGUAAUUCAAGAGAGGUCCGAGUAUCAACUGUUAGUGAUCCAAUCUCAGCAACAUUCUGUGAACCCGUUGAGAAAGCUAAUACAAGUCAUUCCUUCACUGCUGGACUUGCUCAUAGUGUAGGCUUAAGGAAGCAACCCCUGCGUGUGUACAGCAUGGUGAAAUAUGCCGCAAUAGCACGAGGGGAUGUAGAAAUAUUCAUGAAAUUCGCUAGAGCUGGAUACAAGGAGAAGAUAUGGGAUCAUGCCGCUGGGGUGGUUAUCAUUCGAGAAGCUGGCGGAGUGAUCACAGAUGCUGGGGGCCGCCCACUCGACUUCUCCAGGGGUGUUUUCUUAGAGGGCUUGGAUAGAGGCAUAAUAGCCUGUUCCGGACCAUUGCUUCAUCACAGAAUUGUGGGUGCUGUCGAUGCAAGCUGGAACUCAUCAACACUGUAAUGCAAAUAGUACGGAUGAUUACAGUUGGUUGGACCAAUGUCGGUCAUAGAAUGCAAAGGUGAGUUUUACAAAGAAUUGCUGUUGUGCCCUCUGGUUGAAAUCUGUUCAGCCAUCUUAUUCUCUGAUAGUCUCCUACGGGAAAAUCAGCUAUUUCUAGGUUGCAGAAUUAGUAUGUGUUCAUUUCAGUUCGAUUUACGAACACGAAAGGUAAUACUGCAGCACGUAAUACGGUAUAUCCUGUUGUUCAAUAAGCAAGUUGUGAGACGAGAUUGGCAUAUUAUUAGCUGAUUCAGUUAGUUCUUGUAUCUCUUCUCGCCGUUUCUGCAUGUGAAGUUGUCGGCGUAAGCUCCUGAAGGUCACAACUUGAUUAAGUUACUCAUCUGCAACUUGUUGGCACCUGAAAUAACUGAACCUUUGAUUAACUGAUUGAAUGAUGAUUACAUGAUGUAUUCUCUGCCA